AUGGGACUGGUCUCUUUUCGGCAGCGGUCGUACCGCUGGUUUGACCGUUUCUCGGUGAUGCUGACGCGGAACCUACGUCUCGUGUACCGCGACACCUUUGCGCUCGUGCUGGUGUUGCUCGUUCCGUUCCUCUUCACGUUCUUUGUCUUUAUCGCGCACUUGUCGUACAAUGACGAUGCGAUUUUCUCUCGAACGACGGGGCCGAAACCGGACCCGCCGGCAAUUCCUUUAUCCAGCUACGUGGAGCCGUGUCGUGCAGUUGUCAGUGAUCGUUGCUACAACUUUGCGGUGGUUCCUGGCUCCAACAGCACCGUGGUCGGCUGGGUACAGGAGGUCUCCAGGCGCCUUGGGCUGUCCACCGCAGUGAACGAGUCGGGAGGUAUCAUUACAUUCGAAACCUCUGAUGCGUUGAACGAGUUCAUGGUUGCCAACCCGAACGUGACCCAGGCUGCGUACGUGUUCGAGCCCGAGCAGCUGCGCGCUAUCGACGCUGGACGCAUUAGUUUCACGGUUCAGUACAACCAGUCUUGCCAACAGACGUUUCCUGGUUUUAUUUGUAGAUACCAGGAGGUGUAUUUGGUCCCUGGAAUGAUUGCGGCGAUGAACGACGUCCUGCUGGGGACCAGGCUGAACCUGAGCAGCGCCUUCAUGCCGCAUCCGAAACUGCAGUCUGCAUUGGACGCUUUUGAAGAAUUCGGUCCCUUUAUGAUGUUUGGAUCGCUGGUUAUUGUUUUUGUUUAUUAUCUGAUGGUCUUGGUGGGUGAGAAAGAGUUGAAACUGCGAGAGGCGUUGAAAAUGAUCGGUUUGUCGCAGUCGCUGUACUUUCUGAGCGAGGGCGUUGUUUUCAUCCUCGUUUCGACGCUAUCAGUAUUUCUGCUGUAUGCGUUCGGAGCCCUUUUCCAAUUUCAGUUCUAUCUUAAGAACGCCUUUGGAUGCGUGUUUUUCACGUACUGGAUUUUCUCUCUGAGUUUGAUAUGCUGGGCGUUUUUCUUCCACGUUUUCCUAACCCGAUCGAAUCAGGUUUCAUCGGCUGCGUUCGUUUUCUUCAUCCUGAGUUACCUGUUGGGGUCCUCCGGCGCCUACCUCUACUACGACAAACCCUCGGGAGGUCCAUUCGUAUCGAGGUCGCUUCUAUUUCUGCGAUAUGUAUUCGCGCUUUUGAGCCCAGUGAUGUUUUACAAAUGCGUUACCGACCUGAGUAUUUACUCGGCUGUGUUCACUGGUCUAAGAUGGAGCGAUCGCGCCAGCUACACGAACUUGUGGCCGCUGACGCAGUGCUGGAGCUGGAUGAUCUGGACGGGCAUCGUCGUUCUGGUGCUCGCCAUCUACCUCGACAACGUGCUUCCGAACGUCUAUGGUGUCAGCCUGCCCUGGUGGUACCCGUUCUCUGCUGCCUACUGGCGAGGAGACGCACUGCAUCUCCAGCAGCAAAAGCGAAAAGCAUGGCGCCUUUUCCGCCGCCACCGCCGCCAGCGUAGCCAAACAGACACCACCGGCGAUGCAGACGACGCGGAAGCGGACGAGGCAGUCAGCGCUGCGAUCGCAGCGCUCACUGCCCAGCAGCGACAUGUGGACGCUGACGACGCGGUCAACGGCAAGGAGGGAUACGAGCCGAAAGACGCUGCUGCGGCCGCUGCACUGACGAAGUCGUGGGCGGCCUCUGCGCUCGAACACAAUGGUGACAUGCCCGCUAUCGACGCCAGCGAUCACGAGGGUAUCAUUGUGGCUCCGGAAACAGACGCCAAGGCAGCGUCAGCGCCGUUGAUAUUGGCAUCAUCAUCAUCAUCACCAAUGUCGUCGUCGACGGAGUUGGAGUCUGCCAGGGAGCCCGAUACGACGGCGUCGUUCCUGGAACGGCUCCAGUCCAUGGUGGAGGUCGCACGCGAGCCUUCACAUCGUCACAGCGAUGACACGCCAGAAGCGAAGACGGCGGACGCAGCAGUCGACGCAGACGUGGCAGCGGAGCGCGAGGCCGUUCUCAGCGGUAGAGGGCUCUCGCCGGCGAGCGCUCUGGUGAUCCGCCGUCUCACGAAGCAUUUCCGCAAGCAGCUUGCCGUCGACGAUCUGUGUUUGUCGGCCGACCAUGGAGCACUGACCUGUCUUCUGGGUCCGAAUGGAAGCGGGAAGACAACCACCUUUAAUAUGCUCACCGGUGUGUUUCGUCCUACCGCUGGAGACGCCUGGGUCUACGGUUACUCGAUCACGCAGGAACAGCAGCUGUUACGCCCACUCAUGGGGGUGUGUCCGCAGCACGAUAUUCAGUGGGCGAAUCUCACGGCCGCUGAACAUGUGUACUUGUUUGCGACGUUGAAAGGCAUCCCCCGAUCGAAGCGGCACGAUGAAGUGAGCCGACGUCUCGAGCAGGUGGAUCUGCUGCGUGUUAGCCACAAGUACCCGCGUCAGAUGUCCGGUGGCAUGCGGCGGCGGCUCUCGGUGGCCAUGGCCCUGGUCGGAGAUCCGCUCAUUGUCUACCUCGAUGAACCGACGACAGGCAUGGACCCGAGCAUGCGGAGAGCAGUCUGGAACAUGAUUGCCGCUGCGAAACCAGGUCGAACAAUCGUGCACACGACGCAUUCUAUGGAGGAGGCUGACGUGCUGGGUGACCGCAUCGCGAUCAUGUAUCGCGGGCGACUGUCGGUACUCGGAACACCGCUUCGUCUGAAACACAAGUUUGGUACCGGGUAUCGACUGAGCGUCACAGUGCAGGCAACGCAGAGCGAGGCUUUGCACGAUCGCCUGCGGGCGCUCUACCCACGAGUCAAGCGCCUGAGCAUCAGCACGCUCGCAGACCAGCGGUAUGUGCUGUGUGAAUACGAGCUGGUGCCGCUGGAGUCCACGAAUCUCUUCCGCACCAGUGAUGGCGGUGGCACGAACCAGUAUCGCUCAGUGCAAGCGCAGCGACGCCUCUUCCAAGAGAUGGAGAACAAUGCCAGCGGCUGGGGAAUUGCCGACUUUUCGGUGAGUGGCACCUCCCUCGAGAGCGUGUUUAUUCGUGUAUUUGAGCUUAACGAGCAGCUUCAGCAUACGGCGGAAGCGAGCGCUAGGGCGGCAGCCGCUGAACCUAAGCGGCGGACCUGGCCUUGGCUGCGUUGGCCUUGGGUCAAAUCUCGUCGAGGCGAGCUCCAGUCGCAGCCGAUGCAAACCGCAGAGACGGAGACUCGUCGCUAG